UGUGGCAGUAGUACCCAGCAUAAUCUACAUGGAGACCACUGAGAACUUCUGUGUCCAGAUAAACAAUCUGAAGGAAACACUCAACUUGACCCUCUUGUUGGACUCCGAGGUCCUGAAUCAAGUGACGGUAAAAGAAAAAGAUGUAUUUCAAUGUGUUCCUUUCCAGAUUCCCAGGCGGAGCAACAUUUCUCUUCCAUCAGAAGCCAUUCUUCAGUUGACUGGAAAUGGCUUGACCCAGAGUUUCCAGAACCGCAAAGAAGUGCAAAUCGAGAAACCAAAGCAUCUGGUUUUCAUCCAGACGGACAAACCAAUCUACAGAGCGGGACAAGAAGUUAAGUUUCGCAUCGUCUCUAUGGAUAAAGAUUUACAUCCCAUGAAGGAGGAGUUUCCAGUUGUGUACAUCCAGGAUCCCAAAAACAACCGGGUGUUCCAGUGGAGAGAUGUGGAGACUCCAUUGGGCAUAAUCCAGCUUUCCUAUUCUCUGUCUUCUGAUCCCCGCUUGGGCACCUACAAAGUGGUGGUAGAGAAAGACUCCGAGAAAGUUGCAGAUUACAGCUUUGAGGUAGACGAAUACGUUCUGCCCAAAUUUGAGCUUUUGGUGAAGGCCCCGAAACUCAUCACAGUUGUGACUAAGAAAAUAGAAGUCAGUGUGUGUGGCAGGUACACCUAUGGGAAACCGGUGCCUGGCCUGAUGAAACUGAGCCUCUGCCGGCAUCCCCAAAAAGUGCCUUUCCAGUGUAAUACUGAUGAAAGUCUGUGUACAGAAUUUGAAGGCAAGGUAAGGAGGGACAUUGAGUUUCCACAGCUGGGAUAUCUUUAUAGACCUAUUUUAAACCUAUUUCUUUGCUGUUUUUUUUUUAAAAUGGGGAUUAUGUUUUCUUGAUUCAUUCUGGCAAAUAGUAGGGAGGGUCAUAUUCAGACGAUUGUUGAGACAAUUGAAAAUAGUUCAGACAAUUGAAAAUAUUCAAUGCUUGCUUUAUUGAAACUGUAUGGAAAAAAAUAGCAAAAAGAGACAUCAUUAUCCCCCCAUUUUCAAACAUGUUUCUUUCAAUUAAAUUGCUCUGCAUUGAAAUAAGAGUGGAGUGGAGUGGAAUGGAGUGGAAUGAAGC